GUCUUUCUUUCUCACAAGUCAUACCACCAAAAAUUUCCAAUACCAAAUCUCUCAAAAAGAAAACCCAAUCAGAGACUUCUAGAUCCUUCUUCCUCACCUGAACAUUAAUCUCCGGCGAAUUUGUCAUUUUAAAUCGAUCAUGAUCUCCGUCGUAAUCAUCACUGAGCUACUUGUGGAGUACACGGCGGCUCUCGCUAAACUCACCGCCGGGAUUCUUCCGAGGCGGCAAGGAAACAGCAACGUCGUCCGGAUCGGUGGUUUCUCCUUGCCUUGUCCUUCUCCGUCGAGUACUAAUCGGUCGUCGCCGAUUCCAGACUUUUCUUCUCAUCUCGUCGAUUUCUGAUCUGUGAAAAGAAAGAUUUUGAUUUUGGAUUUUUUUUUUUUUACUCUUUUUGAUCUAAUUAAAGAGCCGACGGCUGAGAUUUUUCCCCCUUGUGUGUCUCUCUGUCUCUCUUCUUGUUAGAUUUUGAAUCGCUUAGAGCUUUGUGAACCCUGUAAUCGAAUUAAUAUAAUAGAGAUUUAUGAUCUUGAUGAGCUUUU